AUGGGUAGGCGGACAGUCGCGACACCAACUGUCGGGACAUCGGUCUCUGCCGUGUCGUACUCGAGCGCUGUGUAUACGACGUUGACAUCUCGGCGGCGCCCCGCCGCCACCGCCACCUCUGCAAACGCUGCGGUGGCGACAAGGAGGGGGGCACUUCGAGCAGACUCGCCUCAAUUUUACGGCUGCGUUGGCACAGGAGGGUCGUCGCCAGCGCUGUUUCGCCCCACACGCGUCGUCCGCAUUCCUCCGCAGCUGGCGCGGUUCUUGAUCGCCGGUAGUGCUGCUCUGCUGCAAGUGUUUAUGGUUGCGUACAAGCAGGAGAGUCAGAAACUGAGUCAGGAAGAGCAGGCGCGUGGUGCGGUGGGAUCAGAACAGGAUACCACAGGCAUUGGGAACCCUCGUGUGAUGUCCGCGAUGGAGGCAAUGCAAGUGCUCGGCCUUGACCGCAGCUUCCCUGAUGUUUACACGAGUGUGCAGCAGGCGGAGGCCAGAUCGGCGUCGACAUCAGCGUUUCUCCCACUGGCGCCUGGGAAGGCACGCAAGACUGCGCAGCAAAACUUCGAGCGAAUGUUCGACCUUGCCGACAAGGAGGGGAACGUGUUCUUGGCAGGCAAGCUGAGUGCCGCCUACCGCAUCUGUGUGGACCCAAGGUGGGAUCAGGCGCCGUCAGGUGAAGAAGAAACGGCGGACGCCAACACACGAUCGACGACGGCGGCAAACGCUGGUGAGCAGGGGCGCUCCUUGUAG